CAGCAAACGUUAAAAGAUAAUAGCCAAAAACUCAAACUUGUUUACAUGUUAUCUGAUGAUAGUGUAUUUAUUUAAUUAUUAAAAAAUGAGUUUGAAUAUAACUACAAGAAAAGACGGUGGGCCAGGAUAUGUUGGCAUACAAUUCUGUCAGGAAUGUAAUAACAUGCUUUAUCCGCGGGAAGACAAAAACAACAAAGUAUUAUUGUACGCAUGUCGAAAUUGUGACUAUAAACAAUUAGCGGAUUCCAAUUGUGUAUAUGUGAACAAAAUUAUGCACGAAGUUGACGAAUUAACACAUAUUAAUCCAGAUGUUGUGAGUGACCCGACUUUACCGCGAACUAAAGAUCACAUGUGUCCAAAAUGUAAUCACAGAGAGGCAGUAUUCUUUCAGGGACAAACAAGACGUGCUGAAGAAGAGAUGAGAUUGUACUAUGUAUGUACAAGCUGUAAACAUAGAUGGACUGAGUGAUUUAUGUCAUAUUAUUUCAUAUUUUGGUUAUAAAUAAAACAAAUAAGCUGCUUA